AUGCCCAGCACUAGCGAAGAUAAAACGUCCCAACGACUUGUGUCUCUAUUAGAGACGUUUACACGAGGUGGUGUAACAGUGGAAGAGCUAGAGUACACGGCAGAAUUGUUGAUCGCAAUCGCAGAGGAAGAAGCGACAGUUCGAGACAGAUCCAAGCUCGUCGUUAGUUUUAUUGAGGUUCUCGAGGAGACAGGACUUUUGGAUGCAGCUCAAUUGUCUGUUACUGCAGAGCAAGCGGCUAGUGUCGUACUAGGUGAUGAGAAAGAUGAAAACAGUGAAGAAGAUCACGAGACUUUUGUCGACAAGCAAAGACGUCUGCGCAAAGAGCGACUCGAGACGCAAUUUGCUAUUGGGAAGAGCUGUCUAGUGGUAUUGGAAGAGGACAAUGCGUGGCACCCGGCACGAAUCAUCAAGCACCUUGAUAAUAAUGAUGUUGAGUAUACAGCCGAUGCUGAUCGUGUUAUCGAGAUUGAAAUAGAGUUCAUUGAGUUUGGCAAGAAGCAGAUUGUCCGAGAAGACAGAGUAGUGCUGAACGAAGACGUGGCCGGACGAGAAGAGAUGGAAGAUAUGACGGGUUUAUGUGAGAUGUGUGAGCGUCCAUUGAAUUUAACGGCACAUCAUGUCAUUCCAAGAGUUACUCACUCCAAGUAUUUGCGCAAGGGGUAUACGAAAGAGUUUCUCAACACGUGCAUCAUGAUCUGUCGUCAAUGUCAUAGUAAGAUUCACUCGGUUGAAGAUAACAAGACUUUAGCACGCGAGUACAAUACACUCGAGAAGAUUAUGCAGCAUCCAGAAAUCAUCGCUUGGGUUGCAUAUGCUCGGAAGCAAAAGGCUCGCAUCAAACCUCAAAAGCAAAGCAAAUGGUCGGUGAGAAAGUGA